UACAUCGCAUUCAUUGAGUUCGGCCUCGCGGCUUCUGGUUUAGCUCCCACUCCCAUCAUCCAAUAACAAACGCCCACGCAGUCUCUUCCCCCUCAAUUUCCACACAUCUGAUCCUCACCGCCCUUCCUCUCUCUCUCUCACUGUAUUCCUCAAAGAUCUGCAACCCCUCCCUCUCUCUCUCUGUCUCUCUCUCUCUCUCCCCCCUAAAGAUUCUCUUUCUUUGUCUACGCCAUGAGCGACCCCAUUGAAACAUCAACAUCUUCGUCUAAUUCGGCCAAAGAACCGAGCCCCAACCCUCUCUCUCUUCUCCACCCUAGGCGGGAGCCAUUCGAGCAUGGCCUCCUCCCAAUUCCCAAGCUCGUCUUCACCGACCCUACCCAAUCCCUAAUCCCCCUUAAGCAAUCCCUCCUCUCAUCCUCCGACACCACCACUCGCCGGGUCGACUCUGCCUCCCUCUCCGAGUCCCUCCAGAUCUCCCUGGACCACGCCCGCCUCGUCCUCGACACCCUCGCUUCCGUCCUCCACUCCGACUCCGAUCCGCUCUUCAGCUCUAAACCCGAAGAUAUUGACUCCGUGGCCGCUGAUGUCCACGAUCUGCUCCUCUUCCUCUACAUCCAGUCCUACAAGAAGCUGCUCCCGAGAACGCACAAGGACUCAGCCGCCGUCGCCGAUGUCUGGCCCUCCACCUCCGCAUUCGAUGGCUACUUGUCCGCAUUGUCGCCACUCCAGCUUGUACGUAGCAACAGCCGUCGGUUAAUGCCAUCACAAGCUGAUGAAGAGGCUCAUCAGUUAUCAUAUCUACAAAAGCACUUGGCUAACAUCCUCUCUCUCCUAGCAGAGCCUGUGGAAGGGGAAGGCGAAGGCGAAGAAUCCUUGGUUUUGACUAUGGAUAGAUUUGAGCACCUUGGGUUUCUGAUUCAAUUUGAUGACAAGGGAUCUGGAGGAACUCAGUUGAGUCAACAUGCUCCAUUUUUUGCGAACUCAGAUCCCGAUAUGCCUGCUGUACCCGUUCCUGCAGCACAAGUUCAUGAUUGGCUGCUACAAAAUAUAGCUUCUGCUUUAGAACAUAUUUCGGAAAGAGCUUCUCUUAAAGAAAAUGGCCCAGCGAGUGCGUCUGAUCAGGAUGUUGCUAUGGCAGAUGCCUGCACAACUUCAAUCAAGGCCUCACCAAGUGCUAGAGGUUCUAGUUUUCUUGAAGGGAUCUCCAAAUCAUCACUUGUAAAGCAAGCAUCUGAUCUUAAAGGUUCUUCUGUGAAGGUCCUAAAUUGUCAUGAUUCUGUCAUUUACAUCUUAGCACCUUUGAGAUAUGCCACCAUUUAUGGAUGCUCUGAUACCACUAUAGUUAUUGGAGCAGUUGGGAAGGCUGUAAGGGUUGAGCAUUGUGAACGAGUUCAUGUGAUUACAGCAGCAAAGCGAAUCUGCAUAGCAAACUGCAGAGAAUGUGUGUUCUUUUUGGGUGUAAACCAGCGACCACUUAUUGUUGGUGAUAACCAUAAGCUGCAGGUGGCACCAUACAAUACAUUUUAUGCGCAUUUGGAGGAGCACAUGAAUGACGUUGGUGUUGAGGCUACAAUUAAUAGAUGGGACGAACCCCUGACACUAGGAGUGGUUGAUCCACACGAUUCAUUAUCUCAUCCUGCAGGUGUCUCUGAUGUGCAGGCUGAGUCAGCUAUGCGCCUGGACCCUGAUCAGUUCACAAAUUUUUUGAUUCCGGACUGGUUUGGAGGUGAAUCCUCUGGGUCUACAAAAGGCAACCCAUUUCCAUUACCGGAUGUUUAUUUGAUGGCUCAGCAGAGAAAUCAAAAGAAUUUAGGGGAGAUAAAACAACUAUUGAGGGAAGCACCACUUGAGGAAAAUCGGAAACGGGAGUUAUCUUCUGCACUCCAUGUUUAUUUCAAAGACUGGUUAUAUGCUUCGGGGAACAUCCGUCAGCUUUACUGCCUACAAGGCGACUGAUAGAUCAUUAUAAUGAAAUGGCACAAUUAGGGAUGGUACAGAAGUAAGUUCUCUAGUUUUCUUUUUCAACCGUCACCAAGUUCACAUUGCCACUCCUGGUGGUACUUGAGGCAGAUGAGAAUCAACUCAAUUUACUGCAGAAUGGUAAAGCUAUAUAUUCAUUUUGAUAGUGGUGCACAGAGUGGAAUUCACGAAACAUUUCCUAAUCUCAUUGUAAUAUUUAAUUUUUGAAUAAAAGGAAAUUCUGGCUGUAAUAUUUUGUUAACAAGGGUAACAGUUUUUUUUUUUUUCCUUUUGUUUUUCUCUUGGUGUAGCAUGCUGAAUUUCUCUUAAGCUUUCAAAAGUUUUGACCGUUUGUUGUGA